AUGCCUAACGCCGAUUUUCUGCCUAUGCCCCCAGAGGUGACCCUCGAGAACGUCUUGGGAGCGCUCGACCAGCGGGACCUCGCCUCUGUCGCCCUUGUCAGCCGCGACGCCUCCCAGCUGGCGACUUCUUGGCUCUAUCACGACGUGAAGCUCGACACCGCGACGGGCGCUGUGCGGUUUUUCCAGACUGUGGUGCAAAACGCUGAGGUCGCAAAAAUGGUGAAAAAGCUUGCCAUCACCAGAGAUGCCUAUCUACUUGCUAUUCCGCUUAGCGGUUUUUUGCACCUCUUCCGUGCGGCCUUGGUUGCGGUGGCAGCAGGUCUCCAGGAGCUCGAUCUCGACUAUGGAGGAUGGGACAUGCUCCACAUCGUCGAGGACGUGCAUUUCCCCCAGCUCCACUCGGCGAAGAUGGUCUAUCUUCCAUCGUUAGAAACGUUUCUCGCUGUCAACCCCGCUAUUCAAAGGCUCGACCUUACGGGCACGUUGUUCCACCCAGAUGACACUUUCCCAACGUCACACGCGCCACCGAUGAGACAUCUACGCGUUCUUCAAGGCCCUGAUGCAUCCAUCGAGCAGCUCCUUCAUUCGCCAGACACAGCCCAGACAUCCAUCGUUGCUAUGGUGGUGGACUGGCAGAAAUACCUGUCCUUUCCUUUCGCCCCAUUCUUCCAAGGCCGCAGCGGUAGUUUCGUCAACGUUCAUGACUUCGUGUCCUCGGGACUGCACAACGUGGCUGACCUCCUCCCGUAUCUCGGAAAAUACAUGCCACAGCUCAACAAGCUGACCAUCAUCCCUGGCGAAAUGGAAACCGACUUCGAAUCCGGAUAUUGGGAGGCACUCUACGCAGCAUUCGACGCCCACCUGCCGGCAUUUCACUCCCUGACAAAGCUGUAUCUGGCCGCGCAGAGCCCUAUGACGUUGUCGCAAGGCCCUACUGUACCGGAAUUCAUGGAGCAUGUUGAAUCCGACUUCCGCCGUCUGCUGCGCUGGGGCAAUCUCUGUCCCACCCUCUCCGUCUGCUUUUUCUCCGCUAUGCAUAGACACUGGAUCCGCGAAGGGGACCCACUGCAACCAGGCGCGAACGGCCCCCUGACGAUAGUAUGGGGCGCGCUGCACCCUCUAGCCUUCCACGCCAUCUCGCUCCUAGUCGCUGCCGCCGAACCCGGAGAGUUCCCGCCGGAAUACACCGCCUUUUGGCGCGCGACCCUCGGCGAUUUGGGAUUUGGAAACAUAUUGCGCAAUGUGCGGCAGGUCGACGAGAACGGAAACCGAUACCCGCUAUAUGGGUUUAUUCAGUUUGUGCUCUCCAAAAUGCCGGACGCUGCUACUUCGCCAUUCCUUCCACUGCUCUAA